CCCGUCCCCCCAUCCCCACCCCCACCUCCGACCGACCUCCCUCCUCAUCUCGUCCAUCCACCCAUGGAAACCCCCUCUUCCACAGAUCCACCCACCCAUGCCCACCAGUUCUGGCGAUGGAUGGGGCGCACCAGUUCUAGCGAUGGAUGGGGCGCACCAGUUCUUGCGAUGGCAGUGCCGGACCCGCACCCACCUGUGCGAUGGAGGUCAGCCGCAUCAAGAUCCACCUGCGCGAUGGAGGCCGGUCGGAUCGGUGUGGCGCGGCACACCACACCGGAGCUUGAUGCUGUGCUGGUCAUCGACAACGACGCAACUCCGACAGGACCUAGACGCCCAAGGUACGUACGCCGUUCUUGCCAACUCUUCCAUCUCCUCUCAUGCGUGGCUUGCGUACUGCAGAUCUGACCCCCCAUCCUUCCUUCCUUGUGUUCACGGAAUGACAACGGCAAGGGGACGACCGAUGUGCGUGGUGGACCAGGAGGUGGAGAACCGUCUCGCCCUCCUUGUUCACAUCACCUCCCUUUGCUUUCCCUUGGACACUUGGAGAGAGAGAAGGAAGAUGGCGGACGAGGGGAUGGCCAAUUGCAUCGACAUCAUCCUCGCCAUCAUCCUGCCGCCGCUCGGCGUCAUCCUCAAGUUCGCCUGUGGGAUCGAGUUCUGAAUCUGCUUGCUGCUCACCUUCUUUGGCUACCUCCCUGGCAUCAUCUACGCCGUCUGGGUCAUCACUAAGUAGGUGCCGGAGGGGCUCCUCACCUCUGGCUGCCUCUAGGUGACCCAAGGUUGCUGAAGAGGAGCCGCAGCCGCACAAGAGUAUCUGAAGAUGACUCCUCCGUUUCUAACCAUCCCCUUCCUUCCACUGUUUUGGAUGAUGAACUUGAUCCUUCUUAAUCAAUUAAUUUCUCAUCAUGCUUAAUUAGCUGUAAAUGUGCCCCCUUAUGGAAGAAGAAGAAGAUAAUACAAAUGUAAUUUAAUUGGAUGGUCUCUUUCAUCGUGCUUAAUUAGCUAUAAAUGUGCCUCCCUUACUGAAGAAGAUAAGAAUCCAUAUGUGUUACGCAAAAUUAACUUUGUCAUCUUGUAAGCACUCUAGGCAGUGUCUAGAGGGUGAAAAUAUGAGAACAAAAAAAGAAUUACUUGAUUAAUUUAAAAUAUCCAUCCUUUACUCCGUCCAUGUCAUUGUUAUUUACCCCUAGGAGUAUUUUUAACUUGAAAAUCUCUGGUGAACUGCCAUUUCGAGUACAUUUUCUUGCUCUGUUAAUUUUUUUGGGUUACUCCAUCUUGCUUUGUUAAGUAAAAUUUGAUAUGUGGAGUAGCAGCAGUAAGCUAGACCCUCCAUCUUGCUCUGUACAUAGUCAAAGCUACUCCAAGUUAGCAGCAAUACUAUUAACUUCUCAAUUUGCUUGGAUUACAUUUAACUUCUAGUACUCCAGUACUCCAGUAAUUUUGCUUAGAGUAUUUAACAAGAUUGAACUGUACAUGUGUGGAGUAAUUUUGCUGGGAGUAUUUAACAAGAUUGAACAAGAUUUAACUUGUCAACAUUCAACAGUAUUUUCAGUAAGUAUUCUGAACAUGCUUCUAAAUAUUUCUAGAUUUUGAACAUGCAAGCAAAUCUGCAAGAGUAAACAAGUUCUUGCGGUAGAUAUUGCAAGUGUUUUAUCUAAACAUCUACUGUCACCGAAGAUAUUUCAAGUGGUCUGACCAGAUUUUCUCAGUUUGCAAGUUUACUUACUUUUCCAGUUAAUUAACUGGACAUCUUGGAGUAGUUAGAAAAUCAUGAAUUAUUUGCAGAAAACCAUAGAAGUAUUGUACUCCAGGGUGCAUUCUUACAUAAACUUGCUUGCAAGCUUAUUUUCUGACUCACAUAAAAAGCUUAGUUAACUUCUGUAGUACUUUGGGUAAAAAUGGAAUGGUUCCAUCCUGCACAACAUACUUUGAGUGAAUGUUGAGUACUGUAUGCACUUGUGUAAUAUAUGUUGGUUGAUGAAUGCCUGGGUGUGUCACUGCUUGUUCCAUGCUACAUUUAGGAAUUGUUCAUUUUUGUGUUAUGACAACUUCACCGCAUCCUGCCGAAAC